AUGUUUGAUCUUUCCUCGAAAUCGUUCAAUACCCAUCUGAAUUUUCCCAGAACUUUCGAUGAUCAUCCAGAUUCCGGCAUCUCUUCGCCUCCUCUGUGGAGAACCAGUCCACCGAAGAGUCCUUCUCACCGACAAAGCAAUUACCAGAACCUCUCGCCUGUUUCGAAGGCUCAGAUCAUCGCUCGUGGUCAGAGAGAGCUUAUGGAAAUGGUUAGCAAGAUGCCCGAGUCGUGUUACGAGCUUUCGUUGAAGGAUCUAGUCGAGGUUAACACAGAGGAGGAGAAAGAUCGGGAGACGUUCGACGAAAUGCCUCAGAGAAAAAACAAGCCUAAGAGUAAAGUCAUGAGGAAGAUGAAGAGUGAUCAAUGGGUCGAUCCGAACAACAGUGGGUUUCUUCUGAAAAUGGUGUUUCCUGUUGGUUUUGGUGGUAAGAGAAAGACGAAGAAGAAAGAUGAGGAUGAUUCUUCUUCUGUGACAAGUAAAAGAUCUUGGAUUUCGCCUAGACGUUCGAUCUCUGAUAUGUCGUUGUCGAUGAAAACAGAGGAUAAAGAUUGGUGGAAGAGUGAUUUGUCCGAAUCGCGUAGGAGUCAGAGAGGUGUCUCAAGGAUCAAUAGUGGGAGUUCAAAGAGCAGUGGUGGUAGUAGCAGUAGAAGCAACAGCGAUCAAAGCCGAAGAAGUCUAAGGUAUGCAUCAAACCCAUGGGAAAUUUAA